GCGCGAGGUCGUGGCGCAUGCGCCGUCCCGCCCCUUCCGGUGUCGUUCCCACUGUGUGGCGGCGCUAUGGCGGUGUUCCACGAUGAGGUGGAGAUCGAAGACUUCGAGUACGAUGAGGAGACGGAGACGUACAGCUACCCGUGCCCCUGCGGGGACCGCUUCCUCAUCACGCGGGAGGACCUGGAGAACGGAGAGGAUGUGGCCACCUGCCCCAGCUGCUCCCUCAUCCUGCGCGUCAUCUAUGACCAGGAACAGUUCAUGCGUGAUGAAGUCAUUGCAGAACCUUUGACAAACAAGGAACUGGUAAAGUGCUGAUGAAUCCAUCAUGAACUGUUGCUGCUUUAGGAUAAGCAAUUAUGGGAAUGAUGAUUUUGGGAAGAGACAUGUUGCUCCGCCUGGAAGUUUUUGCUGCUGUGAGAAACACGUGCAAUAAGUGUCUGUCUAAAUAACUUGAAAAAGAAUGUUCUUGGACAUCAACGUGAAUGAGUUUUUUUCAGUAGGGUUAAACAUGUUAUUAGUAUCAGUUGGGAUACGCACCCUAGAAGACCAGGAGUAUGAUCCUAAUUGACUUGAAAUCGAUAUACAGAAGAUGUUUGCAGAGUUGUUCUGCAGUGAAAUUAGAACAGUUAUUUAGCAGUGACAUCUUAGACUAUGUGGAGAAGUUCAGCAUAGUUCAGUGUGGGUAUAUACCAGCAUGAAAUGACAUAGAGAUCUGGAAUGUUGGGAGACAGAUUUAGAAGUCCACAGGACUCCGUGAUUCUGUAUGAUGCCUUACAGAAUUAAAGUUUUGAUGCAACUUGCUAUCUCUUUGGUUAUGUGCCCUCAUAGUUCCAGCACAUACUGACUAUGGGGCAAAUAAUGUGAUCUGGAACCAGUACUGCUGGUAAAUUGUUUUUACUCCUGUAAGUGUAAGGAAGGUGCAGUUGUAUUCAUAACUGUGGUGGGCGCAACUAGUGAGUUGCAGCAGAAACUGCUUUGGUAGCUGUUUGGGUAUCUGGCGUAAUGGGUACCUGACAUAAUGAUUUACAUUUGUGUGCGUUGUGUCAAAUUAAACAUGAGUCAGCAUUUUUUUACCCCUGCAAAGUUAGUAAUGUGUGGAUGAACUUGAACUCAAAGUGGAUUCUUACUUACCCAUAUUUUCUCAGUCACACUGUGAUUUGACUCCUGCAGCAAAUAUAAAGUAGGCUGUGGUUGUCUGUACUGUUUGUAAUACUGCAUUGUCUGAGUUUUUACGUCUUGUUUUGUUGGGUUCUGUCAUUUCCUAGAUGAGAGAUGCACACAGUUCACUUUAUUCAUUACCAAAGAAGAACAUUUUUAGGAUAGAAGAAAGCUGGGAGAAUAUGCUCCAAAGUACCUUGGUUUCAAGACUACCUGUUGAAAUACUGGCUAAUGCACUUCAGAAUUUAUUGAAAAUGAUGUGAGAAUUUGUAUGUUUUCGUAGAAUUUGACAUCUGUGAAGUUUUGGGAAAAAUAUUUGUGCAGCGUCUAUGUAAUUAUUUCACUCCAGGCACUAGAGAUAAGCAAGUCUGACUGAUGUCUUGCUUUUAAUUAUUUUUGUACUUACAGCGUUCUGUGAAUGUUGGAAAUGAACCUUCUAAUUACUUUUUAGAACAAAAACAGGCAGAAGAUGGCACCCUUCAGCUGGAAGUUUUGAAGGCAAUAUGCGCAAGCCGAAUUGUUUUUGUGCUUAAACCAGCAGGUGGCACUCCUGUCACUUAAAUCUCUGCUUCAGAAAAUGCUGUGGUACUUUGCUUAGCUAUAAAUAUUUAUUUUGACUUUUGCUUAAAUAAAGAUGCUUAAAACUGCA